CAAUCACACCUGAAUUCAUUUAGUCUCUCCAAUUGACGAUAUAAACUUACCGCCGUGUCCGCACCCUUUUGCUUCUUCCUGUUAGUCAUGACUUGGACGGUAACAUAGGGUCAACCUACCGAGCCUGACAAUGCGGCAGCCAGUACGCAUGCGUGUGUAUGCCAACAGGAAGCGUUUUGCUGUCAACCAGCUGAUGAAGCGACAUUAUUGUCAGGGGAAGCUGACGUUCUUUAGGUACCCACCUCACCAAGACCAGACAGGGUAUCACCAGGCAGCCUUGAGGACACAGCUGGAGGCAGAGCCAAGUGACCAGCAGCAUCCUAGAGUCACUGUGUCCAUCAGUGGGACAGCACCCUUGCACGGGUUGCUAUGAGCUCCAGAGGGAGUGGUGCUGGCCGCUCCAACGGCACGCCACCACAGACCAAGAUCUGUCAGUUUAAACUGGUGCUGUUGGGCGACAUGGCCGUGGGCAAAUCCAGCCUGGUGCUGCGCUUUGUCAAGGGGCAGUUUGACGAAUUUCAGGAGACUACCAUCGGAGCUGCUUUCCUGGCCCAGUCGGUAUGCUUAGACGACACCACGGUCAAGUUCGAGAUCUGGGACACUGCGGGACAGGAGCGCUACCACAGCCUGGCACCCAUGUACUACAGAGGGGCUCAAGCUGCAAUCGUGGUCUUUGACAUCACCAAGCCGGAGACCUUUGAGAGGGCCAAGGCCUGGGUGAAAGAGCUGCAGAGGCAGGCCAGUCCCAACAUUGUCAUCGCUUUGGCAGGAAACAAGGCUGAUCUGUCAGAGAAGAGACUAGUGGAGUAUGAGGAAGCGCAGACAUACGCCGACGACACUGGCCUGCUCUUUAUGGAAACCUCGGCCAAGACCGCCAUGAACGUCAACGAGCUCUUCCUGGCUAUUGCCAAAAAGAUGCCAAAAACAGACACCCAGAACCCAACACAUGCGGCACGACAUCGGGGAGUCAAUCUCCAGGACCCGGACGCCCACUCUACCAGAGCCUGCUGCGGUGGGAACUAGACCACCUUCCCCCCCGUUUUCCCUCCCAUGUGACCACCAUUACCAUCCACAACCACGGCAGUCAUCCUAAAGCAUCCUAUCUCCCUCAGCCAGCUUCUAUUCGUCAUCAGUGAAUCAAGCAGUUGUCAAGGAGGAGGAAGAGGACGUUAAGCUGUUAACUGAGGAAUAAUACAGCGAAGGACACUAAUUGUGAAUAUUCAGCCUUGCAUCAUUUCAGCUCGAGCCCUAUCUGAUUGCCUAAAAAUACUACAAAGCAACCAAGGAAGAAAUAUGAGGAAAUGUGUAAAAUAAAAAGUUAAAUGUG